GCUCCACUUUGCUCUGUAUUUCUUUAAAAUCUUAUUUUCUUCUUUCUUCCUUGAAUUUGUAAAAAUAGAAAAGAAUAUGAACUUAAAUGUGGCAUCUUUUGGUAAAUAUAUCUGGAACUCUCAGAGUCUCGCUGGAUACGGGUAUCAGCAGGUACGAAAUAAAUGGGCCAACUGGCUUAUGAUAAGAGAUGUCAAGAGGCGCCGCAUGAGUGCCGAGAACUUCCUUGAGAGGACUCGUAUCAAUGCUAUGAGAAGAAAUGAUGUCCUACCAGUGGAGAUCAGGGAACUAGCUGAUAAAGACAUAAAUAAGUUUGAAAUGAAUGCAAUCCCUCUAAGAAUAAAUAAUAGAUGUGCUGUGACAUCAAGACCUCGAGGAAUAGUUAAGGAAUGGAGAUUGAGCCGUAUUGUGUGGAGACAUCUGGCAGACUACAAUAAACUCUCAGGAGUACAAAGAGCUAUGUGGGGUUAAAUUUACUUUGAAUAAGUCACAUAUGUACAUUAAACAAUAGGAAUUUCA